AUGUCCAUCUUCACCAAGACCACCGACUUUGCCUUCACGGGCGGGGCUCUGCCCAACAACCUCGCCUUCAAGGGCUCAGCACAGCAGCAGGUCGAGGAUGCGGAGGUGCGAGGUGCGCAGCUGGAGCUGCAGCUAGAGACGGCGCUAGGCCAGAACCGGCUCCUUAGCGCGGAGCUGGUCAAAGCCAAAGACCUCGCUCGAAGCGCUUUCAGGCAAUUGCGCACCUCGGGUGCACCUUCUCUCCAACAAGAGAAGAACAUGGCCGACAACAGCAGCACCUUUGACAAGCUGCAGGAGCUCGAGCAGAAGGUCGAGGACCUGCAAAAGAAGGACGCCGAGGCCUCCAAGGUCAUCGAGCAGUACGAGGGUGACCUCAUCCGCAAGGCUGGCGCGAUCAAAGAGCGGUCGUCGGAGCUCAGCAAGGCCCAGGAGGAGCUGAAGAAGGCCAGGCAGCAUCUUGAGGACACCAAGAAGGCGCACGAGGGCGACCUUGAGCGCCUGAACGGCGACUACGAGAAGCUCGCCAAGGCCAACGAGAAGCUGCAGCGCGACGUCGACGACCACAAGGCCAAUGCCACGCACAACGAGUCGAUCCUCGCCCGCGCCUAUGCCGACCAGGAGAACAUCCGCGCCGCCUACAACGCCCUCACCCGCACCAAAGAUGACGCCGAGGCCCAGACGCUCGACCUGCAGAUGCGCUACGACAGCCUGUACGAGCAGUGGCAGGAAGACCGCAGCAAGAUCGACGACCUCGAGAGCCGCGUCGAGCUGGCCGUCACGCUGCAGGAGUCUGUCGAGAACCUCAAGGCCGACCUCGCAUACCGCGACGAGCAGAUCCGCCAGUACCCCCACAUGCUGCUGGUCAAGGACGAGCGCAUCGCCAGCCUCGAGCUGCAGUACCAGAAGGAGCGCGAGCGCAACAUGCACGCCGCCGAUGCCGCUGCCAAAGCCACUCUUGCUGCAGCCACCUCGCACAACAACGAGGCCCCGCCCGCACUUGGCGAUCUCGGAACGUCGCUGGCUGACGAGCUGUCUGACUGGAACGAGGACGACUUCAACGACCACGAAUCCGACACGCAUGAGGUGCCUGAGAACGAGCUGUCUCCGGUGUCUGUGAUUGAGACCGCGCCUAUUGCGCCUCCCGGCCAGCGCCUCAGCAUCGACCAGACAGAGAGCGUUAGUGUGGUACCGGUUGCUGUUCCGUCCCAGCGCUUGAGCCUUGGUGCCUUCAAGACCACCAGCACUUCACCCAUCGACGUACCAGCCCAGCACUUGAGCAUCGGUGCGAGUGAGGAGUAUUUCAGUCGCUUGAGCACCAGUGCAAGUGAGGAGUACUUCAGCGUGUCGCCUGUCGAAGUUCCAACCCAGCGCUUGAGCAUCGGUGCCUUUGAGACCACUGGCACUUCACCUAUCGAGGUUCCGACCCAGCGCCUCAGCACCGAUGCCAGCGAGUACUUCAGCAUGUCACCCAUCGAUAUCGUUGCUCCCCCUCACACCCUCGGCGCCGUCGAUGAGAUCAACAACAUUUCACCAAUCGAAGUUGUUGAAGCGUCUGCUCCCACCCUUACUCUCAGCAUCAACGAGGCUGCAUCAGUUACACCCAUCGAACGCGCAAUUACGUUCGCCAGCACUUCGAUGCAGACAGACCUUCAGGAUCUCACCGCAGAGAUUGUGGAUGCUGCAUCCGUCAUCACCACACCUGUUGCACCCGCGGUUGUCGCUAGCACCACGACUUCCACUCAGACCGAGACUCCUCGGCUGACCUCAAGCAUCGUCGAUACCGCGUCUGUUACUGUACAGCCGACUGUGCCAGCCUCCAACCAUGAUCUCGCACCCAUCACGACGCUUCACGAAUCAGCGCCCAUCCAGGCCCGUCAUGCGACGAGAGCGACAAGCGGCAUCAGCUCCAUCACCGUCACACAUGACUGUAUCCCUGUCGAGGUCUGCUCCCCCUCACCUACAACCACUACCGCUAGCGUCCAGACUUUCGAGGCCUCAGCACCUGAAGAUCAGACCGACUUGGUGGAAGACCAGGCUCGCGUGAUCGAAGAUAAGGACCGUACCAUCGAAGACCUGAGGCGCAUCAUUGACGAGCCUCACAUCACCGAGGAGCAGCCCCACGUCAUUUCACAAUUGCACCGCAAUACCCAGAACGUCAAGCCCAACACGACCAGCUUCUCGCAAGUCAUUUAUUUCAUCGCUGCUCUUGUCUCCUUCCUGGCCGUGUGGCAGUGGAUGAAGGUCAAAGCCUGGGAGACAGCCAACGGCUACACUUCCAGCAGUGGCAGCUCCUACAACACCGGCGGCGCGUACGGCAACGGGCGUCACCUCCUUGGCAUCCCGCUUGCGCAGGACAUUGGUGCCUACUGGUGGACCGAGCAGAUUGCAAACAUCGCUAGCAGAGCCAUUGCUGGCUACGAGAAAUGGGCUGGCAUUGAGUAUGUGGCCACAUACUGA